AUGAGCAAUCAAUAAGACAUACUCAAUAAUAAUUGUGAAUCUGAGGAAGUAUUUAGUAAAUCUGAUGACUUUAAUCACUUUGGAGAUUAAGAUUUCUCAAAUUUAAAUAGAGAAGAUUACCCACCAUAGUUUUACGCUUAGAGAAUAAGCUAAGAAGGUGAUUAAGCAAUUAAUGAUUUCAUAAGAGGAGACAUUGGAUACGAUUAAAAUUAAUUUUUAACAUAAUAUAAUUAUAGUGACCAAUAUAAUAAUAAUUAUGCUGCAAGCGAAGUUAAUCCCGACAACUAGAAGAAUAUUCUAUCAGGCCAAAACAACACAAUUCAAUAAAAUCAAUAAUAUGUUUAAGCCCAGUAAUUUGUACCUCAAAAUAACAAAAAUUCUUCAUACACAGCUUCAACUUGUGAUUAUAUGUCUUCUGAUUAUUGUAAUUAAUCUUAAAGCGAAUCUUCUCACAGUAACUACUAAGCAAAUUCUUUUAGGCCUACUAAUAGCCUACCUUAAAACUAAAAGAAUCAAUACUAUCAAUUUAACUCUAACUCGCACUAAAGUUAGCAUUAAAAUGCAACUAAUAUUAAUCAAGUUAAUUAUGGUUCUUCUCCUGAACAUUUCAGUGAAAAUUCUACAUAAGGACAUACUCCAUACUAUGUUACUGAAUACAAUUCUAAUUAAAAUAGCAAUGGGAUUGAUGACGAAGAUGCUGAAUAAGAAGAAGGAAUUGACAAAAACAGCCUUAAUUAGACAGGUUUGAAGAUAAAAAAAAAUAUUGCAAAGAAAAAAUAUGAGCCUCUUUAUGAUAAUAAUUAAGUUUAUAGAUACGAAGACGACCCACUUGAAUACAAAAAAGCUAGAAAGAGAAUACAAAAUAGACAAAGUGCUAGGAAAGUGCGUAGUAUCAAGAAAAACUAGACUGAAAACUUAGAAAUGAAUGUCGAUUAGCUAAAAUAAGAAAACUAAGAUUUAAAAGUAUAAGUUGCUAACCUUUCUGCUUAAAACAAAAGACUGCUAGAUGAAGUAGAAUACUUCAGAAGAAUGUAUGGAAACAUAAUUUAAAACUACCACUAAGAAAAUAACAAUUCUAAUGAAAUUAAUGGAAAUGAAGAUAAAAAUGGUUAGGAGUAUACUACAAAAAUAAUUAGAAAUAACCGAAAUCAUGAAGGUAUGCUUCCAACCACUAGAGAAAGAAUUAAUGUAAAAACACCUUAUGGUUAAAACUAGCAAUUAUUCAUAUUAGUAGUUAUUAGUUGCAUUUUGGUGAUGUCGUAUUCUUCUACCUCAUACGAAAAUCAAAUAUAAUCCAAGGUAAAUGCUUUCUUGAGCAUUAGCGAAAUCAAGAAUAUCACCAAAACUGUUUAGUUAGAGAGUGAAAUAAAACAAAUAGUUUAAGAUACAGUAUUUUAUGAUUCGUGGAAAAUUAUUGGUUGGACUUUAGCGAUUAUAGCAUACCUCACUUACGCUACCUUAACAAUAUAUAAAAAUUUUAAAUCCAAAUUUUAUUUUAAUAAAAAUAAACAAAAAGAUAAUUGA